ACAGGUGAAGUGGCGGCGUUGUCCUGGUUUGUCUUACAACCAGCCAGAGUAUAAACCAGCCCAGCUUCAUUCCUCAUUCACUCGCUCACAUCCACCUAGUACCUCUGUCUAUAGGAGCUCCAUUUAGGACACAAACUAGAUCUACUACAGUGUAUUUUGUUUUCUGUCAAGGGAUAUUUAGCUGUGGUGUUGUCGAGUUGAGCAGCUUGUGGUUUUUAAAGACCUCCAGUGUCGGACCUGGUACAAGCUAGUCCAGACCAUCAUGUAGGGGGCCCUUGUGGGUGUACGCCAGAAAUAGAAACGGGAUUAUCCGAACAGUAGUAACCAUGCAACGUGGGACAGUAAUUCAAGGUAUAAAGUCUCAAGCCAAGGAUGCAGAUGAUGAAACUGUUACCAUGCGCCCUAAAAAGGAGGACGCCCCAGCCCGUGACAAAUCAGUUUUUAGCACCCCACAGCCGGACUACGAGGAGGAGGAGUCUGUCAACUACAACAGACGAAGCUCUCUGAAAUUUGUCAACAAUUUUAAAAAUGUUAUAACCCACAUUCGAACCAUAGAAGAGCUCUACACAUGUUUCCCUGAGCCUGACCCUGACUAUCUUGUUGAUGAAGACGAGGAGCGGGUGUUCCACCAGCCUGACUCAGCCUCUGAGUUCCCCCCUCCCCCUCCACCCUGUACGGCAGACGAGCUGUCAGCAGCAGUAGCUGAAGCCUAUGACGCUCACCUGCAGAACGGAAUCUCUCCCACCUCAGAUGGCCCUGCAGGUGUUGGAGGUAAACAACCCCCGCUGGUCAAACCCAAACCCCUCCACAACCCGUGUGUAGAGUCUAAAGAACGCCAGGCGCUCCACAGGGAGCUGCUAAUGAACUAUAAGAUAGGUAAAAAUGUCUUGAAAAAACCAGAGCUAGACAAAGCUUUUCGUGACCGGCGAGAGAUCCAGCGCAAGAAAGAAUGGGAGGAACACAAGUCCUCUAAGGGGAGGACAAGUCUGGAGAUCAAGCUGGAGGAGAGGGCUAACAGGAUGAAGGAGGAGGAAGAGAAGAAAAUGAAAGUCAUAGAGGAAGAGGCACAGGCUCCGGAACUGCUACGGAUACAUCGUAAGAUCACCCACAAAUCCACUAGUGGGGAGCAGGCGGAUUGACGCUACGGAUAAUUUGACUUGGAUUGGAUGUAAGACAACCCAAACAGUAGAUGUCAACAGAAAUGUUAAAUGUCAACUUGUAAAUGUCAACAUGUAGAUGUCAACUAGAUACCUCUGUCUACCCUAGCAAGCCUACCCUGAGAUUAUCUGACAUUAGUACAGACAGUUGGAAAUGAGAAGAUCUGUUUAUAUAGUGACUGUAGCAUUACCAAAGUUGUUUUUUAUUAUGUGUACAUAUUUAACAAGAUAAAGACUUCACAUACAAUAUUUCUCAUAGAUCUAACACAACAUCCAACAUUUCUUGUGAAUUCGACAUCACCUCCAACUUUUCAUGUGAAGCCAAGAUCACAUCCAACCUUGCCCAGAUCUGUGUGCUUUAGCAUUGUCUAACUGUUCAUUGCCAUCUCAUGUAACAUAAAUUUUAUUUGAGACCAUAACAAGCAUAUUCCAAGCUCUAUCCAGGUACAACUGUCAGUUUAAAGCAUUUACCUCAUAUUAACUUGAUGUAUGUAUGUGUGUAUGUCUGGUAUGCUGAGCCUCAUGUACUGGCAUCACAACAUACCUCAGCAUAAGUUUGUUUCAUGUUUGUCUGCACUACUGUGUGCCCUAGUAGACAAUGCCUUAUGUUAGCUGUACUGUUUUUCUCAGCUCUUUGUAUAACUGUUUCAUAUUCAGUGGUCUAGUGAAUAUAUUUUCAAUGUGCCUCAAAAAGACUAUGUUUUUAGCAAUCAUUCAUUUAAAUUAUUUGUGUUAAAUAUAGGGAUCAUUCAUUUAAAUUGUGUUAAAAAGGGAUCAUUCAUUUAAAUCAUUUGUGUUAAAUAAGGGAUCAUUCAUUUAAAUUAUUUGUGUUAAAAAGGGAUCAUUCAUUUAAAUAAUUUGUGUUAAAUAAGGGAUUAUUCAUUUAAAUUAUUUGUGUUUAAUAUAGGGAUCAUUCAUUUAAAUUAUGUGUUAAAAAGGGAUCAUUCAUUUAAAUCAUUUGUGUUAAAUAAGGGAUCAUUCAUUAAUGAAAAGUGCUGAUGCUGUGUGGGUGCAUGGAGGGGGGUGGGGCGCAUUCAAAUAAUUAUAUCAACAUUGCUCAGUGUUGCACUGUUUAAUAUAAAGACAUAAGGGGAGUGGGAUGCUGAUGCACAUUUGUAAUUUGUGGCAAUCCACAAAGCUAAUCUUUCCCCACCUCUCCCAACAUUGGGUCACAAGAGAAUGGUCCUAAAGGUUGGUUGCAUGUUAGUGAUGCAGCUCACUUGAGCUGCAUACAUUACUAAUUCAUGCUUCUUUCAACUUACAAUGAUGCCAGGGGAGAUAAUGUGAUCUGACCUUCUGUACAUUAGGACCCAAACAUGGUUCUUUCAACUAACAAUGGUGUGAUGGGAGAUAAUCUGAGCUGACCUUCUGUACAUUGGGAUCCAGACAUGCAGCACUACAACCAUUUUUAAUAAUAUAUGGCAGCAUUUCAUUCCUUCUGAUCACAACUGUUGCCUGGCUUAUCUAGGUGUUUCUCAACUUAAACUGUUUAGCUAGCUCAUUGUUUGUAUGUGUUAGUGUUAUUAAAAACAUAGGCCUAAAUUAGGGCCUAGUUUUUUUUGUUGUUGUAGGUUUAGCUAGCUCAUUGUAGAAUAGUUUGUACGUGUUAGUGUGAUACAUUUUAAAACGUACAUUACUUUUUUUGUUAUAGUUUAGCUAGGCCAUUCUAGAAUAGAUUUACGUGUUAGUGUGAUAAUUUUAAAACGUACAUUACUUUUUGUUAUAGUUUGUUUAGCUAGGUCAUUGUAGCAUAGUUUGUACGUGUUAGUGUUAUACAUUUUUAAAACAUACAUUAGUUGUUUUUGUUAUAGUUUGUUUUUAGAUGAACCAUCAAGUAUAGGACAGUGCUAGCUUCAAAGCAUAAUUUUAGUCAGCGUUUGGUUUGCCAGGUUUGUUUCAGCUUAUUGCCAGCGUGGCUGUUUGUUUACUUUAUGUGUCGUGUCUACUAUCUUGUACAAACUUGUAAAAAGUUCAAUGAUAAUCCAACCUUACUUACAACUAGCUUAAAUCAAAUGUACUGAAUAUAGACUUACAUGAAAUGUUUGUGUAUAAUGUACAUGUUCCUUGAACUGUUUGAAUCAUGAAUACUUGUGGUUGUUACCCUGUUAAUGAAAUGAAACUAUUUUUGUACACCUUGUUAUGAAAAAAAAUGGAGGUUUCUAUUUUAAGACCAAUCUUAUCUUACUGUCAAUGUGGCAGGUUGUGAUUUACCUGAUUUGUGUUGUGUCAUCAAGGUCACCACCAACCCUGUCCUGUCCCCUCAAGGUCACUACUAGCCCUUGGUUGUUGAUCUGUUCACUAUUAUCCUCAAUAGGUAUCAAAGAAACAUUUUUAAACAAAAGAAUGCUUUAAUUACAAUAAUGACUUGCUAGUCCCACAGAGGGCUAUUGUUUCCUAAGCUUUGGGGCUCGUCUAUCUUGAGAUUUAUAGCUUUGGCUUUUCAGCUGUGUAUUAGUAUGUGGAAGAAAAUUAUCUGAGCAUGUAAGCCAUUGCCAUGCUUAAAAUUGUCUUAGUAUGUAAGCUAUUGAUUACUUAUGCAGGAUUAAAAUGAUCUUAGUAUGCUUACACAGGACAAAAAUGUAGAUGACAAGGGGAGUGAACAAGAGGUGUAAUGUAGAGUUGUCUUUUUAUGUUCCAAGCUUCUCAGCCUUACUGCUAAACAUUUUUUUUAAAGCAAAGAAAGAUUCUGUGUAUAUUUGUUCCCACUGGGUUGCAACAGUGGUCAGAUAAAUCUAGCUGGUCACCUCCAGAUCUGAUCCAUACAAUAUUUUGUGUAUAUCUGAUCCAUGUUUUGUUUGAUGUUUAAUUGAAUUCUACAGUUAACUGUUCACUGAUUACUUUUUUUUAGAAAACUGUUACUAUUAUUAUCUAGCACAUAAAUUUAUGAUAUGUGUAUACUUGUAAUAAAGUUACCAAUGCUUAUA